AUGGGAAGGAUGGUUCUGACGUAUCCACUCAGAGACAGCCAUAUGGACCUGGAUGAAGAUGACAUCAAGGUAGAGAUGUCCUGCUGGCAGCUGCUCGUGUCGCGCAAAGACGGCAAAGGCAAACUUUCCGACCUCUGCAAGGAAGUCUACGACGACAUUCUUCGAGACCUUUCCUGGUGGAAGGUGGACAAAGCGGAGUCAAAUCCGCAGGACAAGGCUCUGAUCAUCUACCUCGCAAAGGCACGCCAUCGUUCCUGGGCGAGCCCUUGGUAUCCAGGUGCCUUGAAUCCGCACAAGAAAAGCAUUUUCGGAUGGACCGAACGUCAGGCGCCGAAGGGGGUCCUCAAGGGUCUCAAGAUCGAUGUCGAAUCCUUCAAGAACAUCGAGCCAGGAGAGCCGGAGGACUGGAACCACGAAAUCAGCACGGCAAUGACUCCAGAGCAAAUCUGCACAGGCAUUACUGUGAGCGAGUCAGAAUCCUUGGUGCAAUUGGUCAUCCACCUGGAUGAAGAGGCUCUCGAGAGCGCCACUGCUCGUGUGCCCCUAGAGGAGGUCUUCGCUGCAGACAUAUCGGCGGAGAUGCUGAGCGUGUAUCUUCGUGGGGACAGUUUCAGUAUUUGCGCCGGCCGCUUCUCUGGCAAAGUUGUGCCAGAGAAGUCGAAUUGGCAAAUCUCCUCUGUUCGCAGAAAAAGUCUGCCAGAGGGAUGCACCGUGAAGUCUCCGGCCUUCUACAAUCCAGCCCUGCGAAUCAUACUGUCAAAGGCCAAGGAGAGCUUCGGCAACUGGGAUGAAGUUUUCCAGGAGUUCCAAUGCUGCUCUUUCGGACUGCCUCGGGAUCGAAUCGAGUGGGACGAGAGAGUGAGGAGAUGCUCAGUCCUCUCUCCUGGUUGUCCAAACAAUAGAGUGGGAAAAGCUCAGCGUGCACGAGAUCUUCUAAAGAAGGUGGAGACCAGCCAAGACUUGCUCUUGAAUCGAGUCAUUCUGCUUUUCCAUCUUGAGGACAAGCUACUGCAGCUCUGCGACACUCACAAACUUCAUCUGCACGACUUGUUCUCAAUGCGGGUGCGCAGCCCUCUCCACUUUCAUGCCAGCCGUUACAUCUGCUUGUGA